AUGUCUCCCCCAAGAAAUGCCCUUCUGCACGACUGGAAUCAAGCCAAGGUGAAGCCCGAGUUUAUGAAGGACGCAACCGUUGGUUUUGCGGACGUAGUGGAGCUUGCCCAGACACUGGUUAAGAACGCUGAAUUUCCCGACGCAUCAAAGUGGAAUGAAGCUCUUGGGGAUGGCAAUCCUUAUGCCUUUGUCGCCAUUUUGCUCUCCCAGUUACACGAUUUAAAAUCUCUUCGACUGGACUAUUCCUUUAUCUGGAAGCUGGGAUUUCCAGGGCUAAUGAUGAAACAUGCCCUUUUUUCCGCCCCAGAAGGCCUGCUAUCAAGAUUUACCCACCUUAGUAUAGUGGAUUAUGGCAGCAAUGUGCCCAUCGCUGAGGAGUUUGAUGGUCUAUAUAAUGAUUUUGAUACCACAGCCGGCUACCCUCUGUGUGACCCUGCUCAAUUUAUGGCAUGGUUUUACUUACCAGCCAUUCAAUCCUUAUCAAUCUGGCUACGGAGCUUUCAGGAUGUUAUUGCUGAUUAUAACAGCCAGCAGGCUAAUCUCGGCCAGCUGCAGACACUUGUUCUUGCUCGUACAACAAUUACAGAUGAUGAAGUACAAGACAUACUGGCCCAAAUGGCCUCUCUGAAAAUGCUCCAUUUGGGCCUAGCAUAUCGAUGGCAUGAUGAGAUAAUCCUGGAAGUUCCAGAUUUUAUCAUUGAAGGCCUGGAGUCUGUUAGUCAGACUGUGGAAACACUAUCCUUAGGGCUAGAGUAUUACCCAUACAACGAGGGAUAUUAUUCUUUUGACUGCCAAGAUGAAUACUCAAGAGAACAAUUCCAAGGAUUUUUACAGAAAUUUCCCCGUCUACGCUCUGCAGAGGUCCCGAUUACCCUCCUGGCAGGAAUGAAUACGGACAAUACUGUUAAUAUUGGGAGCUUCUUGCCGCCUACACUGGAAGAACUGUGUCUUCACUGGGACUGUGAAGAAGUGCUUCGGGGGUUGUCAGAAUCGGAGUUUUAUGACUGUGUGUGGCGUUUGCUGGAUGACCUGCAUUCACAUUCUCCUAACCUCAAGCGCAUCAUAAUCCGGCAGAUGGUGUGCUCUCCAGCUACAAGGGAGAAACGCACGAAAGAGCAUGCAAAGCUACAGGUAGCAUAUGCUCAGGCUGGAAUUGAGCUUCAGGCGGUCUUUGACUAUUUAUCUCCCGGCCUGUGGACACAAGACGGCUAUGUAUGA